AUGGCAGACGUCCAGCAUGACGUCUCCGAUAUCCAGCCAGUGGAUAUUCCUCUCCCCAUGUCAAACACUCAUUCUAUGAUUACUGUCCGCCUUUCAGACGCACAGUCCGCCAGCAACGUCACCCUUGCCGAGGAGCAGACCACCGAGUCAUCCCAUACCAGCGUCGACAGCAGACCGAGAAGCCUCAGCAUAAUAUCAUCCAAAAGCUCUAGGAGUUCUAGACCACCCUCGGACGGCUCGUCGAGUCCUGUCGACUGGGAAGAGCUGGAAAAGGAAGAAGAGCAGGAGCCGAAAGACAAUGCCACAGACGAAUCCACGGCAUUGUUAUUAGCUCAGCUAGACAGCAUCAAUGCUGCGCUAAGCGCAGACCCCAAAGCUGCUGCUCCCCGCAAACGAGAACGCAAGAACACACGGCCGCCGUCGGUUCAACAGCUGAAGAGAUUGGUCGACGGCCCGCAACCGGCAUCGCUGCGAUACUCAAUGCUGCCUGCUCCUGCCAUGACUGAGCUCGACUUCUGGGCAGCUGUUGUGCAAGACUACAAUCAGGCCGUCGAAAGACUACCAACAUUAACUGUCAACAAGAUCAGAGCCGGCAUUCCUCCACCUCUACGUGGUCAGGUAUGGCCGAGUAUUGCUGGAGCUCGGGACAGCACCCUCCAUGCCGAAUUCCAGAGGCUUGCGAACGAGCCCAGUCCUUACGAUGGACUGAUUGGCAAAGAUGUUGGACGGAGCUUUCCCAAUGUCGAAAUGUUCCGCGAGAAAGAUGGCGAAGGUCAAAUCAUGCUCGGUCGCGUCCUGAAGGCGUUUUCUCUUUACGACGAGGCUAUUGGAUACUGUCAAGGUCUCGGCUUCGUGGUGGGCCCGUUGCUAAUGCACAUGAGCGAGCCUGAAGCAUUCUGCAUUCUGGUCCGACUCAUGGAGCACUAUGAUUUACGAUCGUCCUACCUCCCAGAUCUGUCUGGUCUUCAUCUGCGCAUCUACCAGUUCCAGCAGCUGCUCACCCGCCACCUGCCCGCGCUUUCCGCUCAUCUCGAUCAGCUCAACAUCGAGCCAUUGUACGUCUCACAGUGGUUCUUGUCAUUCUUCGCCGCCACCUGCCCGCUUCCGAUGCUGCUUCGGAUCUACGAUGUCAUCUUGUCGGAAGGUGCUGCCGAGACGCUUAUGCGCGUGGCUCUUUCGCUGAUGCAGCGGAACGAGCAGAAGCUGCUUUCUUUUACAGAGUUUGAAGAUGCUAUGCAAUUUCUACUGUCAAGAAGUCUAUGGGAUACCUAUGCCCAGCACGCUGACGACAUGGUCCAAGACUUUGUGUCGUUAACUUGCCUUGUCAGUCAAGAAUCCCUCAAGUCUCUGGAGCAAGGCUUCAGGCAAUCACAGAUCAUCACACCGCAGACAUCGCUGAAGUCUGCCGCCGUCUCACUACUAGGACGCUUCUGGACUGGAGCGUCACACACUUCGACAAAGUCUGCGAACCUCAGUCUGAACAUCCCAGCUUCUAAUGCCCUCCGCAAAUCCUCUUCUGGUCAGAGCCUGACCUCAACCCUCAACUCCAUCGGCACUACCAACUCUGAUGCCAGCACUCUGGCCACUGAGAUCUCGGAUGAUGGCCCGGCGAAACGAGCACCUUCUUUCACUGAUCAACAGGGGCCGAGCUCAUCUGGUGACCGCGACCUGCACCAGCAAAUUGAAGAACUUCUCACGGCCCUCAGUCACCUGCAAAAGCAACAAGUUGACAUUACCCGAGAUCUGCAGAGAGAACGGGAAGAACGUGCCGAAGACGUGACAGUCGCUCGAGAACUCUUGUCUCGCCUACGAACCCAAACUGAGGCGAUACAUGAGCUGGCCGGCGGAGACCUUUCCGAAGAUGACAGUAGCACUAUCGAGCUGAUGGACAAAGCAGCUCUGCAAUUCAAUAAUUCCGAAGGUAACCGCCAGUCCAUUAUGGCCUCCAAGCACCAACUGCGCGAGACUGCUGAAGAUUGGCGUACCAAAUAUGAUGCCGAAUGUGACCGGUCACGGGAACUGCAGCAACAACUUUCGGACCACGAAGCUGAGCACAAGGAACUCAAAGAGCACCUUCGAGAAGCGCGAGCGCGCAUUCAAGACGCCCAUCGCGAGAAGCAGCGUCUUGAGCGCACCGUCCAAGACCUCCGUUCUCGCGUAAGUUCUGUGCCAGACUCUCCCUCCUCCGACCUCUACACUCCUGUCAUCACGCCCAGCGUGGAAUUUCCAGAGCUUAAGAUGCCACCGUCCAAGCCCGGCCUGCGUGAGUUCAAACUCGGCAAGUCUGCCACGGACACGGUAGUCCGCAACUCAGGCGUAUUCUCCAAGCGAAGCAGCAGCCUGAAUGCACAUGCUGUGGCAACCAACGCCAACAACACCGACCAACACGGUUCGAACGACGCGCUGCUCCUCGAGCUCGUCAACGCCAAAACGGCCGAAGCUGUGGCACGCCAGGAACUCGAGGAAACCAAAGGAAAACUCGACGCCUUGCGCAAGAUCCUGGGCGGGCCAACCACCAGCCCCAUCACGCGCGUUGUCUCGACAUCGGAAUCGCCCAACUCUAUCUCCCCAUCAACCACCCCGAAGGAAGCAUCCAAAUCUGUGCACGCAGCGAGCGCAAGCACGGGUGGAGGCGGCUUCUUCAGCUCGUGGGGACGAAAGGGCUGA